CUCUUCAUUAGCAAACUGAGAAGUUCCUAAAGCCUGCCGGCGAGUUCCUUACCCCAAUAUAACUCCCCGCACAGGCAGAGGAGAGCCGCGUGGGUCCGAUCGACCUGGAGAAAAUAAAGUACACAGAGUAAUGUCAGUAUUAACUACGUACACAAGGGGUGCAGAUAGUUUCAGGUACCGGUAGUCGAUUCGUCCAAGUCAUUGGUGUUGUGAAGAGGACUUCUUGCUGCGUUGCUAUCUCUCAGAACCAGCAGCCGACAACAGUUAAAAAGAAGAGAUGCCUCAGAAACAGAAGUCCAAGUCUUGGGUGGAGUUGAAACAAGCUGGAAAUGAAUGUUUCAAGACAGGCCAGUAUGGAGAGGCCACCAAUUUUUACAGCCAGGCGAUCAAGGAGUUGGAGAAGAAAAGUAAAGGGAACCCAGAGGAUUUGGGCAUUUUGCACUCGAACCGUGCAGCAAGCUACCUGAAAGAUGGCAACUGUGCGGAAUGUGUCAAAGACUGCAACAUGUCUCUGGAGUUGUUCCCGUUUAAUGUCAAGUCUCUGCUGCGUCGUGCUGCGGCUUACGAAGCUCUGGAGCGCUACAGGCAGGCUUACAUUGAUUACAAGACUGCUCUGCAGAUCGACUGCAACAUUGCAGCCGCUCACGAUGGCACCAACAGGAUGACGAAGGCGCUCACAGAGGCGGACGGCCUGUCAUGGAGAGAAAAGCUCCCUCCCAUCCCCACUGUUCCUCUGUCCGUUAGAGAGAAACUAGCCCAGAAAACUCCAGCCAACGCCGCACAACCGAACCCUACACCGCAGCAGAACGGCACCCCCACGCAAACAAGCAAACCUGCUCCCAGCGAUAAAGACAAAAAGAAAGGCCAAGUUCUGAAAGAAGAAGGCAACGCCCUGGUGAAGAAAGGAGAGCACAAGAAGGCCAUAGAGAAGUACAGCCAGAGCCUCAAACACAACCCCACUGAGGUCACAACCUACACCAACCGGGCGCUGUGUUUCCUGUCAGUGAAGCAGUAUGCAGAUGCCGUCAGAGACUGUGACGAGGCUCUGAUGAUUGACAGCAGCAAUGUCAAGGCUCUCUACAGGAGGGCUCAGGCUCACAAGGAGCUCAAGGACAUCAAAGCCUGCGUGGACGACCUGAACAACCUGCUCAAAGUGGAACCAAAGAACACGGCCGCCCUGAAGCUGCUGCAGGAGGUGCAGAAGAAGAAGUGAUGACACAUCAGGGACCCCGGAGACCGCGGUAAGGAUCUGCCACUGCACUGCGUACAGAGGAGAGGAAGAGGAGGAAAACAGCCGAGCAGUGGCACGAUUCAGCCGCUUUGAUUGGAAGACCGGGCCCGUGUUUCCCAAAAGCUCCUCCACGCUGAACACGUGUUUGAUCCGCUCGCUCUCGCCGGAACAAACACGAGCUUGGUCUCCAGAGACGCUUCUGGAAAACGCAGCUCUGGUUGGCGAGAACUGAAAGUGCGUCAGGAAGAAGAAUGUUUGUAUGUCACCAGUUUUAGUGUCGUCGGCAGUUUCACCGAGUAUUUAUGGUUAUUUAAGAGCUGACGUGAUUGACACACACAUCAAAUUUAACUGAGAAUAAGCUUUUACCAUCACCAGCAGCUGGAGCUCCUGCUGGACGCCAUAACUUUAAUUUGUUGGAGCCCGGAAGUUGAUCUCAACCUUAAAAUUAUUAUGUAAGAGAAAAUGAUCUCAACUCAAGGUCCACUCACUGGCUUUGUCUGAGCUUUGCUGUUUCCGUUAACUGGCGCAGGUUUUUGAUCAGGAAUGCAGAGGAAUCAGGUUGUUCAGGUUCCAGCCAGCAGUGGAUGACGUGGAUAGUACUAUCAUAGUAUAUGUUGUCGUAUUUAAGUUUAUACCUAUCAAUAGAUUUCUGGAAAAUCAGUAAAUGGCCUAAUGCACCCCAACCUGGAUCAUUACCACAGUACAGCAAAGUUGCAGCUCCAUCCCUCCUCUUUAAAAUGAAAAGUCCAUGUUGAAGCCCUCUUCUCAGGGGUAAAUUUAGGCAACUUAGCCAUCUGAACACUGGUGAUUGUAAAGGUUUAUUCUGUAUUUGAAUACACUCAGGUAGUUUAUUUAUCCUAUAUGUGAUUUCCUGAGGUUUUGAGUAUGUGUGGAAGUUUGUUUCUCAAUGGAUUAAGAUUUCUGGUGUUCCUGCAGUGUUUGUGUCACAUGGGAUGGAUGGAAGAGACCAUUACAAAGGAUUCCCAUGUUUUAGACUAAUAAGCUUUCACUUUAUUGUGUUGAGUUAAAAAGAAAUAAUACCAUGUUUUGGCAGUAUAGCAUGAUAUACGUUGAACUUAAUGACCUUGAACGACAGACGCUAGCUCACGUCACUUCUCCUUUUUGUGCACAUCUGGAUUAUUAUUAUUGAAUUUUCCAAGAAGUUUGAGUUCUGGAGUUGUAUCGACGAUUUGGAUCUUGACGUGAACGCAGUGUCGCUCUUGAAGCUUCACCCAGCAAACAUGUACAACAUAGAGCUGAGGUUUGGUCACAGCAGCACCAUCUUCAAAUCCAGAGCCUGUUGGAUGCAACACGAUGUCUGAAAUACAUCUGUGUCGUGUUUGUUAACUACUUUUAGGAUCAGCUUGUUUCUUUUCCAUUUGACAGACAAACAUGUGAACCAAGUCAAACUAUCCUGUCCAUAUAAUGUAGUUUCAUUCUGUGUUCAGCUUUUUUUAAAAAACAUUCAUUGUCUAACUGUGAAACAAGUAAAAAAUCAGUGAUCCUGCCGUAGCUUGGCAAUCUCCAGCUCGCCUGAAGUGCCUGUCUUCAUCCUCCAACAUUAGUUUCUGCUUAACAGCUACAGUGAAAAGCUGCAGUUUUGUGGUUUCAGACAAAGACAGUAUCACACCUUCAGUUCUGUUGGUCAUGCCAGGAAAGUUUUAGAAAAACAUCCACACUUUUUCAUGUUAGCACGGUCGAACCAAGAAGCUGCACAGUGCCACCACAGCCUGACGCGCUUGGAAAAUCAGAUCCUUUGUUUUAUCACAUUUCUGCUGUUUUUGUCAACUUGCUUCUGUUUUAACUACAAAUAAACUUGACAGA